AUUACGCAAAAAACCCUCAACCGACUUCCGUGAAACUUUAAAUUUGGAUCGAGGGACAGAUCCAGGAAUUUUUUCUCCUUUGUUUAACAUUGCGAGAUAGAUUAAAUGUAUUCUUCUAAGAGGACUGUGGAGCCUUGGCAGAUGUAUUUUUUUUUUACCACCCAGCCCUAGUUAAAGUAAAAAUAUCUUUUAAACAUGGACAUCUUGGAAAUGGAGUGGAAGCAGUGCAGGGAGCCUGAUGUCGGAGCUGGAUAUACAGAAGCAGAAGUGAAGGAACUGCCCAUCAAUGGCCAGCCCCGCCCCUCAGCUUGAUGCACUGUGACAGAGAAGUGAGUGGACCGCAGAAAUAUUGUAGCUAAUUGCCAUGGAAGACACUCAAGCCAAACCUGCCAGCCCGGAGCAGAGCCCAGCGCCCAGUCCUGCUCUCAGUCCAGCUCCCAGUCCUGCACCCAGUCCGGCACCAGGCCCACUGCUGGACAACCUCGCGGUAACUGGAGCAAACCAUGUGGAGCACCUAAAUGUGAACCAGAUCCAGGUGGUGGUGCGACGCUGCUCCAGUCCAAAUGUCACAGAGGAGACAACCUAUUUUCUUCCCCGCAACCCGGUGGUGGAUGCCGGCACAAACACAGACCCACCGGUGGUCUGCUGCCCCUUGCUCAAAAGAUUCUGCCCAUGCCCACCAAGAGGCCUCCUGGCUUCUCUCAUUACCAAAGUCCUUUUGGCAGCUGUGCUCUUUGGAGUGGUUUGGUCCAUCACAGAGAAAGAAUGUCUUCCCGGAGGAAACUUGUUCGGCAUCACAAUACUUUUCAUCUGUGCGGUCAUCGGUGGUAAACUGGUGUCUCUCAUCCAUCUGCCCAAACUUCCACCAUUCCCACCACUGCUGGGUAUGCUGCUGAUGGGCUUCAUGCUGAGGAACAUCCCAGUUAUAAGAGACGGGGUGUACAUUGACUUCAGAUGGUCGGCGUCCCUAAGGAACAUCGCUCUGGCUGUCAUCCUGGCCAGAGCCGGUCUCGGGUUGGAUCCCACGGCUCUGAGGAAGCUGAAGGGCGUGUGCAUGCGUGUGGCGGCCGGGCCCUGCUUGAUCGAGGCUUGCACCAUAGCGCUGGUCUCUCACUUCCUCAUGGGCUUGCCCUGGGUCUGGGGUUUCAUCCUUGGUUUUGUGUUGGGCGCUGUGUCUCCAGCGGUGGUGGUUCCCUCCAUGCUGCUGCUGCAGAAGGACGGUUACGGCGUGGAGCAGGGCAUCCCCACGCUGCUGAUGGCUGCAGGCAGUUUUGACGACAUUCUCGCCAUCACUGGGUUCACCACAUGCUUGAGCAUGGCCUUCGCCGAAGGCUCCACAUGGUUCAACCUCCUGAGAGGUGUCCUGGAGGUGGGCGGUGGGAUGGUUGCUGGGAUUAUUCUUGGUUUCCUCAUCCAAUACUUUCCCAGUGUUGACCAGAAACAUUUGGUGAUGAAGCGUUCCUUCCUGGUGCUGGCUCUCUCCGUCUUUGCCGUGUUCGGCAGCAACGUCGCUGGAUUUCCCGGUUCUGGAGGCCUCUGCACCCUCGUGUUGGCAUUUCUUGCUGGACUUGGCUGGGGGAAGGAAAAGGCACGUGUGGAAGAAGUGGUCGGGUGGGCGUGGGAUAUUUUUCAGCCCCUGCUGUUUGGACUGAUCGGAGCAGAGAUUCAAAUCUAUCAGCUGGAUCGACACACAGUUGGUCUGGGUAUAGCCUCUCUGCUCAUUGCCCUUGCGGUUCGACUCCUGUUCACCUUUUUGUGUGUGUUGUGCGCGGGCUUCAACAUGAGGGAGAAAGUGUUCAUCGCCCUGGCAUGGAUGCCCAAAGCCACAGUGCAGGCAGCUAUAGGCUCCACAGCUUUAGACAUGGCCAGAUCAAGGAAGGAUAAGCAGAUGGAGAAGUACGGCAUGGAUGUGUUGACGGUGGCCGUGCUGGCCAUCCUCCUCACGGCCCCCAUCGGAGCACUUAUUAUAGGAAUCACUGGACCGUACCUGCUACAGAGACCGAAGAACUGUGGUGAGCGAGUCAAACCCAAUUUAUCAUCAUUUUUCCUAGGCACUGGAGCAGGAAGCGACGAUGACAACGAAACUCCUGUCACCUAUGAAAGUACACUCUGACACUGCCGGUCUUGACCCAGCGAGCGAAAGGAUAUUUGACAACACUUCCGCUGUGCGCUAACACGAAAGCGGAUAUUUGAGCUUUCUUUUGGGUCUCUAUCCACUGGUCGCCUCCUGAUGUUUUCCAUCCUGCAGGAGCACAUGAAUCAUGCUGUAUUUAUAGCCCCUGGUGGUUUCCAGGCCUCGGGCUCUAAUCAAAUGAGCCACAUCCAAGUGUCUGCACUGUCAAAGGUGUAAUGCUGUGUUUUAUUAUAUGCAGGGUUACCUAUCUGAAUGUACUGACAGUAGCAGGAUUUUAUUUAUUUGUUUUUUAAAUUAGACUUCUCGGUUACUUACACAUAUUUAAGUCUUUUGUUCUUCACUUAUUUUUACAGCUGAGUGUUGGUGUAUUUAAUUCUUAUUGAAAUAUGUAUUGGAUGUUUGUCUUGUGAUGAGAAGGGGUUUGUCUAAUUUACUCAGGAAAAAGAUCUAAAUAAGCCGCAAUACUUUAUACACGAUGCUGCUAUCAUCUGCAAUAUGGCACUAUGCUUACAUCGUCAUGUGAUGAUGUCCACAUUCAAAACAUUAAUGUAAACCCAACUUUUUAUAGUUUGAUCAAGAGUAGAUUUAGAUUUUUUUCAUGUUUGUUACAUGGAUUUUUUUUCUAUUGCAGAAGAAUGCAGUGUGAGUUGUUUUUUUGAGUUGAAUUUAUAUGGCCUCAUUUCAAAGGUACUUAUGUAUUAUUAGCCACUGUUUGAUAAUUUUACAGAAAUGAGCUUUAGUUUUUUACCAAAUAUUCUUUAAAUAAAUGCUGUAGUGAAUGUGCAACAUGCUGUAUAUUUAGAGUUUGAUGUAUGUAUUUUAUCUCAGCGAUCAUCAAAAGUCAGCACAGGCAUCCAGCAACUCUGAUGAACAUAGUUUCAUAAAGACUUCUUAUGUUUAAAUUGUUGAAUUGGUUCCUUGACUCAAACUGUUCCCAUUAGUCUAUUUAUACAAUAUGUAACAAACUACAUUUACUCGGUUAAUGUACUUGAAUAAAUCCCCAUGUAUCUAUA